AUGUCCGGAGCCAGAGCCGUCGUCAAGACGUUAGAUCACCUCGUGCUCACCUGCGCGAGCGUCCCAAAGACGGUCCAGUGGUACACCAAGUACCUCGGAAUGAAGGCAGAAACAUUUACGUCGCCGUUAGAUCCAUCCGUCCAGAGGCACGCGCUCAAGUUUGGCACGCACAAAAUCAAUCUGCAUCAGCAGGGCAAGGAGUUCGAGCCAAAGGCCAAGACCGCGCUACCAGGCACGGCUGACCUCUGUUUCUUGGUGGAGGAUGGCACCGGUCUUGAAGAGCUGAUUAAGGGAUUCCAAGGAGACGGCGUUCAGGUUCUCGAGGGCGAGAAAGUGGUUGCGCGAACGGGCGCACAGGGCCCCAUUCAAAGCGUUUAUGUGAGGGAUCCUGAUGGAAACUUGAUUGAGUAA